UGAUAAUUUGAAGACGACAGUUUUGGUGUUGACGUAAAUUGGCUGGAAAUAUAAACUAUCAAAAUGAAUCUAUUUGAUCACGUGAAGCAGCUGCACGAUUCAGAAUUAUACCAAGACUUAUCCCAACUGGCAAGUGUUGUGAUUACACUUUGUGACAACAGUACAGAUGUAGAACUGCUUACCCUUCAACAACGCUACCAAUGCAUGGUCUACUACGGCAAUGCCUUGUACAAUAUGUCCCAGUACCUCAAAGCAGAGGACACAUACAAGAAAGCUAUAAUUCUAAGGAAAGGUCUUAACAAGUCUAAGGUGAAAGGUGGCCCACCUUGUCACAUGGAGUUGACGUCUGAGGUGGAAGUGAAGUAUAAGAUGUAUCAGUGUCUGCUCCAACAGAAGCAGUACAAAGAAGCAAUGUCUGUGCUGGAGGGUAUAAGCUCACGUCAAAGGAACCCAAAGAUUCACCUGGCUCUAGCCAAAUUGUACUUGAGGGCAGGGAUGGAUCGGUCAGCGAUAACGAGCUACAAGGAGGUCAUUAGGGUUUGUCCGCUAGCUUUGGAAGCUCUGAAUGGUUUACUUGGUUUAGGGGUAAAAGGGUCAGACGUGGCCACUCUUGUAAUCAACGGUCUUCCUCAUGGUACACCCAAUGAUUGGCUCUCAAUGUGGAUUAAGGGACAAGCACACUUGUCAUCAAGGGAGUUCAGCAGUGCUGUCGCUACAUUCCAACUGAUGGACACUAAAGCAUACCUCAAAGACAAUGUUCUCUUGGUUAACAGUCUGGCUGAAGCCCUUUUUUACGAUGGACGCUACUCUGGUGCACUGCAAGCUUUCCAAAGGGUGCAUGCUCUAGAUCCACUACAAGUUAAGAACAUGGACCUUUAUUCAUACCUGCUUUCCAAAGAAGAAAAAGUGAAAGAUUUACAAAGGCUUUCCCAGAGACUGAUGAAGAUCACAGAAUAUGCUCCAGAAUCCUGGAUUUCAAUGGGAUAUUUCUCCAUGGUAACUCACAAGGAAUCCCGCACCAGGACAGUCUACUUUGCUCAAAAGGCCAACAAUUUAGAUUCUUUUAACAUAGAGGCAUAUCUACUGAAGGGAUCAGCACUACUGGAACUGAAGAAAAGUCAGGACGCCUCCCUUCACUUCCAGGAGGCCCUGAGACUAGCACCACACAGAUACGAAGCUUAUCUAGGUCUGAUCAAUUGUUACAUGGCUAGUCAUCGUACAAGGGAAGCUCUCUCCUGGGCUGGAAAGGCGAUCAAAAUUCUGGGCAAUAAUGCCAGGACUCUCACUCUGUAUGCUUCAGUACUAUCUAAAGAGCCGACAAUGACAGCAAAGGCUAAACCUUACCUAGAAAAGGCAAUGAAGAUGGACCCAAACUUCCUUGAACCUGUAUAUAUCAUGGCAGACAUUCUUACACGUGAACACCAGUAUGAUAAAGGCAUAGAAUUACUGAGGAAACAGCUGCAAACCCAGAGUACAUGUCGACUUCAUAGGACAUUGGGUGACUUUCUGGGCCUCACUAAUGAACACUUGGAGGCUAUUGACCAGUACAGCAUAGCACUCAGUCUGGACCCCACCAACAGUCGAGCGCGUGAGGGGAUGGAGAGAGUGGAGAAACAAAGUGACAUGGGACUGAUGGGCCUCAGUUUAGAAAAUUCUUACGAUGUUGAUGAUAUAGAAGGAAGCGAUAAUGAUGGAGAUUUUGAUAACAGUAACAGUGACGUGGAAAGUACCUGGUCGGAGACAGAAUAUACCUAACCCUCGUUUGAUGUAUAAUGUGUAUUGAAGUAUACGAUGACAAAAAAUUUAUUAAUUGUCUACAGGGACAUGACUGAGUAUUCUAGGUCUGAUACAGAUCACAUUAGAUACUCUGCUAAUUUACAGGAGGACAAUAUGACACUAAGAUAACCAUGAUCCGUAUUGAGUUCAAACCAGUCUCAAUACAGGACUCUUAGACGAGUGCUAUGUUAUAUAAAGAUCCCAAUCCAAUUUUUGUGUUCGGUGAUCAACAUGAUGAUGAACAAAUCUAUCAUUAUGUCACUUCAACUACUUUGAAAAACUUGGUAGAUAUAAUCUAGUGUCUGCAUAUUGUUUGUUAAUUAUGUUACGUCAUUUGCUUUAGUUCGAUCUUGAUAAGGUGUGUUUCUCACCGAGUUAAUAUAACUGCAUUGUGUAAACUCAAGUGUUAAAUUCAAUGCUAAAUUUCUUCCCAGGGGAAUUAACUCAGAAAUCUUAUAAAGUUAUGCAUCAUCUUCCUUAUAGUUCAGUAAAUUUUUCAAAAAUCAAUGCGAGUUAGAAAUAACACUCUUUUGGUGUGUACCGGAGACAUUGUUAUCUUUUCAAUAAGUUAGGGAUGAUUGUUCCUAAUAUAAUGUUUGGAACUGAAUCUACACAGAGAUACAUUACCUGAUUGUUUUGUACUAUGUAAUUGAUUUUCUAUUAAAGUUUCAUGCUUUCUGGAUCAAAUUUUGAAAUACACACAAACAUGUCUUUUUGAUAGCUCUCUUCGUUGUUUUGAUGAUUUUGAACACAAUAUUCUAUAACUUGAUGUCAGCUGAGAACUUUAUUCCAAACCCAUAGCAAUCAGGUUUUGUUUGGUAUUUUUUCACAGAGAGCUCUGCAUGAUUUUUUUUUUUUUUUUUUUUCCUUUUUUUUUUUUACAAAAUGUCAGUCCUGGAGACAAAUGGAAUAGACUUUAUCAAGUUCAUUGGUAAAUGACUUCUCUCUGGUCAAAUGCCAGGGACCAUCGGUAUGAACUAUGAUACUGCUAGAUCCUAUCUUGUGUUAUACAUGGUAUACAUUGAAUAUUAAUGUGCAUGUUACAUGUUUCUUUUUGUACAAUAUCUCAUUUAUUUAAUAAAAUUGUUGAUAUAAA